UGUAUAGUGUAAUGUCUCCUGACAGGUAAAUGAACUGUACUCCGGUAUAGUUUGUUAAUGUAUAUAGAGAAAAAUGUUUGGAUGGUAUAUUUAGUAUCUGACCGUAAUGAUGAGCUAUGAACUAGGAUGGUAUUUAAUGUUUUUUAGUAAGUUUCUGUGGAUGCACACAAAACAAAAGUGAAAUUCUUGUUUAGUUAAGGGAAAUUGUUAUAAUUUUCAGAAAAUAAGUGUUUGUUAUAAGGAAAAGUUGAUAAAAACUUUUUCAAGUGAAAUAAAACUUGCUGAUGUAAGUGAAAUAAAACUUGCUUAUUUAAGUGAAAUAAAACUUGCUUAUUCAAGUGAAAUAAAACCUGUGAGACAUUUUGUUUUCUGUUAUUGUUUUAUGGAACUAUUCUUGUGGAUUUUCUUUACGAGGGAUACAACAUUUUAUUAAACCAAAAAUAAGCCCCAAACAGGGGUUACCUAGAAACCGCCUCAUCACCUAGCAACAGUUGCCAAGGGCAACCAGCCAUAGUAACAAGAUGGCGACACUAUCACUGAAGAUAAGCAUCGUGGGAAAAAACAUUGUGAAGACGAUGCAGUUUGAGCCGUCGAUGAUAGUUUAUGACGUGUGUCGAAAUGUCCGUGACCGAUUGUCAGAAAUGGGCAUACCCCUUCCACCAGGCAAUCCCAAUGAUUUCGGCCUAUUUCUGGCGGAUGAAGACAUUAAAAAGGGUCUUUGGUUGGAGGCAGGAAGGGCUCUGGACUAUUACUUGCUUAGGAAUGGGGACCUUUUGGAGUACAAGACAAAGGUCCGGAUCCUCAAGGUGCGGACCCUGGAUGGCGCGAUUCGUAAGAUACAGGUGGAUGAUAGCCACACAGUGGGACAACUUCUGAUAUCAAUAACCUCCAAGAUUGGUAUCACGAACCAUGAAGAAUACUCCUUGAUUCUGGAAAUAGCCGAAGAUGAGAAAGAAAAGACCUUGACCUUGAAAAGAGAUAAAUCAAUUGCUAAAGACCAGAAAAAACUGGAGGAGAUGAGGAAAAAAUUGCAUACAGAAGAUGAUAUGAAUUGGCUGGACCAUGCUAAAACGCUUCGUGAACAAGGCAUCAACUCUGAUGAUGACACUAUCCUGUUACGGCGUAAGUUCUUCUUCUCCGACCAGAACGUGGAUGCCCGGGAUCCUGUACAGCUUAGUCUUCUGUUUGUGCAGACCCGCGACGCUAUUCUGAACGGUACCCAUCCAGUAAGUCAAGACGAGGCUAUUCAGUUUGCGGGUAUACAGUGUCAGAUACAGUUUGGUGACCAUGAUGAGAAAAAACACAAGCCCGGACUUUUCGAGAAUAAAGAGUUCCUACCAAAGGAAUAUUGCAAGGUGAAAGGAAUAGAGAAGAAAAUCUUCCUGGAACACAGGAAGUGGGCAGGCUACCCAGAGAGAGAUGCAAAAGUGAAGUAUACACAGUCAUGCCGUGCGCUGAAGACGUAUGGUAUCACCUUCUUCCUUGUGAAGGAAAAAGUGAAGGGGAAAAAUAAGCUGGUUCCCCGUCUGCUGGGUAUCAACAAAGAGAGCGUUGUGCGUGUUGACGAGAAGACGAAGGAAAUCAUGAAACAUUGGCCUCUCACGACUGUAAGACGUUGGGCCGCCUCGCCGAACAGUUUUACUCUGGACUUUGGUGAUCAUGCGGACCAAUACUAUUCAGUACAGACUCAGGAAGGUGAACAGAUAGCUGCCCUGAUAGCCGGAUACAUUGAUAUCAUCCUGAGGAAGAAAAAAAAUAAGGACCAUCUAGGUAUUGAGGGUGAUGACGAUGCGUUGAUGUUUGAAGAAAACGUGUCAUCAGCCAAGGCAACAAUAAUAUCCCACCAGUCCCACAAUGUCUCCCAUGGGCAGUCGGGGAGUGUCUCUAUCCCCGGGGUGAUGCGGGACGGGGGUGGGGGAGAGAGCCAGAUAUCCACGGGAUCGCUUCAACAGGCCAUGUUUUCUAUGCAGUCUAACCAGGCCCAUGCUGGACAAGCCAUUAGACAGAGCCAGUCUUUCCAAGAGCACAACCUGACCCAGGCACAGAGGGCUCUUGUUCUCACAAUAGAUGAUGGGUUGUCAGCUGUAUCUCAGGCACAGAGUGAGCUUGACAAGAAAAUCGACAUCCCGGACCUUGGCUCUGACUAUGCCUCCAGAAAAUGGCGAGAGAACAACCUUGACCUGUCACGACAGAAGGUGUCCGCACAGCUAUCAGCGAUGAAUGCAGCUACUGCACAACUGGUAACAUUGACUGGAACUGAUGAGCCAGAUUACGGACAUGUCGGCGCUUCAGUUAACCAGAUAUCAUCCAACCUGGGAGACUUCACGCACGACAUUCGCAUGUUGGCUGCUUUACAAGAGGAUGACGACAGUGGGAACAGAUUAAUGGAUGCUGCUCGGAGGCUAGCGGGAGGACUCUCAGAUCUGUUGAACGCUGUACAGCCUGAGAGACAAGAGCCCAGACAGAAUGUGCUUCAAGCUGCCAGCAGGGUAGGGGAGGCAAGUCAUGAUGUGAUGGAUGGUGUAGGGGAGUCAAUCGAUGAUAUGGACAAGGCCUACCAGGAGACUCUUAUUGCUCUCGCCAAGGCGGUGGCCAACGCCACAGCCCAAUUGGUGCUGAAGGCCAAGUCUGUUGCCUCCACAGCGGAGGACCAGGAGCUGCAGAACCGAGUGAUCAGUAGCGCCACACAGUGUGCUCUGGCUACUUCACAGCUGGUUGCCUGUACGAAGGUUGUUGCACCUACCAUUGGCAGCCAGGCUUGCCAAGAACAGAUCAUAGAGUCAGCCAAGAUGGUAGCCCAGUCUGUGGAAGGUGUGGUGGACCAGGCGGCCAGUGUGACCCAGGAUGAGAGACUGUUACAGGACCUUGGUGGAGCUGCCACAGCCGUCACUCAGGCGCUCAAUGAUAUGCUGAAACACAUCAAACUCGGUGCUGGACCUGCUAAGGCUUCUGAAUCACAAGAAGAGGCUGUAGACACCAUUCUGACUGUGACAGACCGCCUGUUCAGCAGUGUAGGAGAUGCUCAUGAUAUGGUGAAACAAGCCAGGCAGCUGGCUCAGGCCACCUCUAUGCUGGUAAACACAAUCCGAGGCCAGGCAGAGGAUCACCCAGACGCUGACGUUCAGAAGAGACUUCUAGCUGCUGCCAAGGCACUUGCUGAUGCUACCGCUAAAAUGGUGGAGGCUGCUAAGGGCUGUGCAACGAGUCCAAAUGACUCUGAGAGGCAGGUGAUGUUGAGGUCUGCAGCGGAGGAAUUGAGGGCGGCAACAAACGCUGCUGCCAGCAACGCACUCAAGAAAAAACUCAUGCAGAGGCUAGAGCCUUUGUCAAAAUUACAGAGUGCUGCCAAAAAUGCAGCCACUGCUUCAACACAGCUUAUCAACGCUUCUACCAGCGCCAACAAGACAAACACCAACACUUCGUCACAGCAUGAUCUGGAAGUACAUUGCCGGGCUGUUAAUGAUGAGUUACCUGCCCUUGUACAAGGUUUCCGGGGCGUGGCAAACAAUCGUGACAGCGCACGGGCACAACUUACCCUGCUUAAAUCUUCGCAAGAAUUUGUACAGCCGGCCAAUUCGCUGGUCAGUGCCGCCAAUGCCGCAGGCCCUACGGUAUCUGACCAGGCCGCAGCCACAAACCUCCACUACAACAUCAAAAACAUGUCAGCUGCACUCGCAGAGCUGAGAUCUGCUGCUUCUAAGGCUCAAGAAGCAAUGGGCUUUAUGGAGCUGGAAAGCGCGUUGGAAGAGGUCAUUGAAUUGGAUCGUGAACUUGUGGAGAUGAAGCAAUCUGCACAGCAGGGUGACUUGAGACCACUGCCGGGUGAAACUUCUGAAGUAUGCGCCAGUAACCUAGGAGCCAACUCCAAGAAGGUGGGAUCUGCUAUGGCCCAGCUCCUUACUGCAGCUGCACAGGGUAAUGACAACUAUGUAGGAAUAGCUGCUCGAGACACAGCCAACGCCCUGCGUGUGUUUGUAAAUGCUGCUCGCGGUGUGGCGGCCACUUCCUCUGACAGCCAGGAACAACAACUGAUCCUUGAAAGUGCAAGGGAGGUAAUUGCCCAGAGUAAUAUGCUCCUGGAAGCAGCCAGAAAUGCCAUCAACAAUCCCAAUAACCCAGACAAUCAACAGAGGCUGCAACAGGUUGCCAAGUCUGUUUCAAGCUCUCUGGACACCUGUGUAAACUGCCUUCCUGGACAGAGGGACGUGGACCUUGCUAUCAGGCACAUUACAGAAACGAGCCAGUCCCUCUCCUCUCAGAAGUUCCCAAGGACUUCAAAGUCGUUCACACAAGUUCAGAACGAUAUGACUGACGCGGCAGUCGGAUUAAACACUGCUGCUAGUGAGAUUAUUACGCACUCUCAGACAACAUCGCAACAGUUGUCAAAAUCUUCUGAACACUACAGCAGGCAGUACCAACAGUUUGUGGACACUGGACUUACUCUGGCAGGUCUUGCCAAGGAUCCGGAUACACAAAACCAGAUAGUUGGAGGAUUGAAGAGUGUUUCCAUGGUUUCCAGUAAACUUCUUCUAGCAGCUAAAAGCGUUUCCAUCGACCCUAAUGCUCCAAACGCAAAGAAUCUGUUGGCACAGGCUGCAAGGGCUGUCACAGAGAGUAUCAACCAGCUGAUUAACAUCUGUACGGUGUCUGCUCCUGGCCAGAAAGAGUGUGACAACGCCCUCAGACAGAUUGAGAUGAUGAAAUCUUGGCUGGACAAUCCUAAUGAACCAGUUAGUGACAUGCCAUACUUUGAAUGUCUGGACACCGUCAUUGAAAAAUCUAAGACAAUGGGCGGAGCUAUGACAGGAAUGACCAAUCACGCAAUGAAAGGAGAAACAGAUGAGUUCUGUACGUCUGUGCAGAGUUUUUCAUCUUCUGUGUGUGGUGUGACAGAAGCAUCUGUUCAGGCUGCAUACUUAGUAGGAAUAGCGGAUCCGGCCUCGGAGCCGGGAAGACCCGGUUUAGUCGAUCAAUCUCAGUUCUCACGGGCCAAUCAAGCGAUCCAAAUGGCGUGUCAGAAUCUGACCAAUCCUGCGUCAUCUCAACAACAGCCUUUCGUGCUUACAGCACAAUUAGUGGUGCUUUCUGCAGCUACUGUCGUUGCCAAACACACAUCGGCUCUUUGUAACGCCUGCAGGCUGGCAUCCAGCAAGACAGAUAACCCCGUCGCUAAACGUCACUUUGUCCAGAGCGCUAAAGAUGUAGCAAACAGCACAGCUAACCUUGUGAAGGCUAUAAAGGCUUUAGACAGCAACUUUACAGAAGAGAAUCGUCAAAAAUGUGCGGAGGCCGCCAAACCUCUGGUAGACGCAGUUGAUGAAUUGACAACAUUCGCUUCAUCACCGGAGUUUGCUUCAAAACAGGCUAAAAUCAGUCCCAAGGCACGGCAGGCCCAGGAACCUAUCACAUCUGCAGGAAAAUCACUCAUCUCCGGAGCCUGUAAAAUGUUGGACGCUGCUAAACAACUGUCAAUCAACCCUAAAGACGCACCCACUUAUCAGCUCUACUCCACCCACUCCAAGAGUGUGUCAGAUUCUAUCAAACGUUUGGUGUCAGCUAUCAGGGAUAGCGCACCAGGACAGAAAGAAUGUGACGAAGCAAUAGAGAAGGUCAACCGGUCGAUAAAUGACCUUGACCAGGCAUCGCUGGCUGCAAUAUCACAGAACCUUGCUCCUAGGAAUGAACGCUCACUAAGGUCUUACCAGGAGCAGAUGAUCAGCUGUAGCAGGGAGAUUCUGGAGAUCAUUGAGAGUGUAAAGAAAGCUGCAUCCUCUGAACCUGAAAAUCUUGGUCACAUGGUAACCAAGAUGGCCAACUUUUUGGAUCCUCUGUCAGAUGCAGCAGUUGGUGCGGCGUCACUCAUGACAAACUCUAAACAACAGAUGAGCACUUUGGAUCUUACGAAGACAGUCAUUGAGUCUACUCUACAAUUCUUAUACUCUUCAAAAGAAGGAGGGGGAAACCCUAAGGCUUCAACUACACAAGAAAACAUUACAACUGCUGGUGAUGAUAUGAGGGAUGUGGUGCAGGACUUGCUGCACAUGCUGGAAGACUCUGUUAGCCAGGCAGGGGAAGUAACUACCAUGAUUGAUAAAAUCAGCAAGAGCAUUUCUAGGACAGAUGAGAGGAUUGAGAUCAAACCUGGUCUGGGCUAUGUUGACUAUCAGACAAACAUGGUGAAGCUGGCCAAGAACAUCGCCAAAACUGCGCAAGAUAUGAUUGGGAAGGCAGGGGCAGAUGUUGAGAGCCUCGGUGUUUUAGCCAAUCAGCUGACUCGGGAUUUCGAUCUACUGGCCAGUGACUCACGAGGGGCAGCCACUACAGUGCAAAAUGCUGAGGUUGCCAACAGGAUCCGUGUGACAGUGCAGGACCUGGGCAAGGAUUGUAUCAUGCUGGUACAGGACUGUGGUAACCUCCAGUCCAACCCCAGUGACACGUACGCCAGGCAGGACAUCACUACCCAUGCAAGGAGUGUCACAGAAAAGGUAUCGUUCAUCCUUGCAACUCUACAAAGUGGAUCACGAGGUACGCAGGCUUGCAUCAACGCCGCACACACCGUCAGUGGGAUCAUCGCCGAUCUGGACACCACAAUCAUGUUUGCUACAGCUGGUACUCUCAACGCAGAAGGAGAUGAAAGUUUCGCAGAUCAUAGGGAGAAUAUCCUGAAAACAGCUAAGGCCCUGGUCGAGGAUACAAAAACAUUGGUUGCUGGGGCAGCAUCUAACCAAGAACAGCUGGCCAACGCAGCACAGAUGGCUGUGAAAACAAUCACAAGGCUUGCAGACGUAGUAAAGUUUGGUGCAGGAUCACUCGGCUCAGACCAGCAGGAGGCACAGGUGCUGUUGAUCAACGCUGUAAAAGAUGUGGCUUCUGCGCUCUCAGACUUGAUUAGCGCCACCAAGAAUGCUUCAGGAAAGAGCGUACAAGACCCAGCAAUGCUGCACCUGAAAGAAUCUGCAAAGGUAAUGGUGACAAACGUGACAUCCCUGUUGAAGACUGUGAAAUCAGUGGAAGACGAAGCAACACGAGGAACUCGUGCACUUGAAUCAACCAUUGAAGCCAUAGGGCAAGAAAUCAAGACUUACGUGUCCACUGCUCAGGCUUAUGAAGCUAACCCAACUACAGACAAGAAAGCAUCUGCCGAGGACCUCAUCCGAUAUACAAAACCACUCUCCCAGGCAACGGCAAAGGCGGUUGCUGCGGGCAACAGUGGAAGACAGGAAGACGUAAUUGUGGUCGCAAACAUGGGCAGAAAAGCGGUGUUUGAUCUUCUGGGCGUAUGUAAGGCGGCAGCAGCCACAGCAGAGACCCAUGAUGUUCGAGCGAGGACGAUACAUGCAGGAGGAACAUGUGCUGGAGCGUACAAGAAUCUCUUAGAGCAAGUUAAUGUGGUGCUACAGAAGCCGUCAGUUGAAGCGCGACAACAGUUGACAAUCCUGUCACGAUCAGUGGCGACGUCUGUGUCUGAGAUUGUUCAUGCUGCGGAGGCAAUUAAAGAUAAUGUGAACGUGCGAUGGUCACAGCUCGGCCCAGGAACUGAUUGGGUUGACCCUCAAGACCCCACAGUUAUCGCUGAGAAUGAGCUACUGUCAGCUGCCAGUUCCAUCGAGGCUGCUGCGAAGAAGUUAUCCCAACUUCAGCCAAGGAAAAAGGUCAAGGAUGCUGACAUGUCAUUGAGCUUUGAUGAGCAAAUUCUAGAAGCGGCUAAAUCUAUUGCUGCAGCAACUGCGGCCUUGGUGAAAUCUGCUUCUGCCGCUCAGAGAGAACUAGUUGCGCAGGGCAAGGUUGGAGCUACAUACCACCGUACAGACACUGACGAGGAUGGCCAGUGGUCACAAGGACUUAUCUCUGCGGCAAAGAUGGUAGCAGCAGCGACACACAGCAUGUGUGAGGCAGCCAAUACCAUGGUCCAAGGUAACUGCAGUGAGGAGAAGUUGAUCGCCUCCGCCAAGGAAGUGGCUGCUUCUACAGCAGCUCUACUGGUGGCCUGCAGGGUGAAAGCCGACCCCGGUUCAAAGGCCAUGCAGAGACUUCAGAUUGCGGGCAAUGCGGUAAAGAGGGCAACAGAAGCCUUGGUGCAGUCAGCCCAGCAGGCAAAACAGUUCCAGGAGGAGGAGGAGAGUGUCACCAUUAACCAGAGGAUGGUUGGGGGUAUUGCUCAGGUGCUGGCUGCCCAGGAGGAGAUCAUCAGGAAGGAGAAGGAGCUGCAAAAGGCGAGACAGCAGCUGGCAACUAUCUACCAGCACCAAAACAGGUUCAAGGAAAAAACUCCAGAACACGAUGAUGAUUCUUCUUCAUUCUAGGUUUUCAUUAAAACUUUAUAACUUCGCGAUAUCCCAUCAACUAAGAUACAGUUGGACACUAAGUCGUGCUGGAUAUGCCUUCAUUUGACUUAUGUAAUGGAGUAUGAUAUAAAGGUGUCACCUGUUUGUAGUGCUUGCAGUACAUUGAUUUGUAUUAAUGUAAUAGUGUAUGAUUUUAAGUAACGUCUGUUUUAAUUGCUGGAAACGCCUUAAUUUCAGUUAUGUAAUAUCGUAUGAUUCAAACCUGUACGAUAGAAAGUAUCACCUAAUUUAAGUACUGGAAAUACAUUGUUGUUUUGUCGUUGUAAUAGUGUAUGAUUUUAAGUAUCGCCUGUUAUAGUGCUGGAAUCGCCUUAAAUUCAGUAAAUGAACUUUGUAUGAUUUAAAAGUGAAUGAUUUGAUUUAUCACCUGUUUAAAGCACUAGAAACACAUUGAUUUGUGUCAAUGUAAUAGUGUUUGAAUAAAAGUAUCACCUGUUAAAAAUGCUGUAGACAACUGUAUGUGAUUGAAUGUAAUAGAGUAUGAUUAAAAGCAUCACCUGUUUAAAGUGCUGGUAACGCAUUAACUUCAGUGAAUGAAUUUUGUAUGAUUUAAAGGUGAAUGAUUUAAAGUCUCACCUGUUAGAAGUGCUGACAUGCCCUUGAUUUGAAUUUGGGUAUGAUCAAAUGUAUGGCCUAUUCUAAAUUUUAAAUGCUUUCUGCAAAACUGUUACCCGGUAGAUCAUGUUAUAUUUUAAAAGGUAAUGUGAUAUUGGCACAGAAACAUUUGUAAAAAUGAGUUAUGUCAACAUUUAUUAAGACAUAUUUUUAUUGUGGAGAUAGUUUGUACGUUACGAUGAUAUUAACUCAAAAGUCUGCACUGAAAAUACAUGCGCUGUAGUCCUCUUCCCGGAUUCUGCCUAUUGCUGCAUAUUACACUGCGUUAUUUCACCUGGAAAGUUCAGCUCCCGAUUUAAACAGAGCGAAUGCAACUUUCGGGAAACAGCAGACAAUCUUUCAAAGCCUUCGUUGCAAUUGAUGGUAUCUGCGAAAACAGAGCGUUGCAACGAGCGUAAGAUGUUGAUAAACAUUUGACAGAAUUAUUUUUUUACUUUACAAUAUCAAUAGAUUGACGUUCUUUAAAAACAAAUAUUUGAUGAUCUAAAUAUUGGAACUAGAAUAAUAUUAUGCAAAUAUUUGAAUUUAUUUUUGAAACAAGAAUAAUGUAAUGCAUUGUAGUGUAUUUGUGAGUGCUUUUGGAUUGUUUUCUAAAAUAAACAUACAGCAAUAAGUGUUAAAUAUAUGUUGAAACAAUAUGUGGUUACCUAGCUAAUAUGUUUUGACAUAUGUUGUUUAAUAACAGUACUGCAGUAAUGUUUAUAUAUGUGUUUACUUGUUAAAAAAACUGCAGUUUUAAAUACUGCAUAUUCUAAUUUAUGCACAGACAUAUGUGCCUUUAGUGAUUAUAUGUUGGAAGAUUUUAGCUGACAUUGUGCGUACUGUUUUCUUUGAAUAAUUGCUACUUCUUUAAUUUUGUAUACAUAUCAACUCUGUAUAUGUACAUGCUAUCAUUAUAUUGUUAUAAGUGUAAAUGUCUAGUGGUGAAAGGGAAGAGGCUCAAUGUUAUUCUCAUAGAACCUUCCCCCUUCUCCUCUCAACUUUGUAUAUGGUAUUUGCUAUCUGCGAUAAUGUAAUAAACUACACUGCAAUGUACUAGGCACUUUCUGGUUUAAUCCUUUAUAUAUUGUUGAGUUUUAGAUAGGCUGUUUCUUCGAAACAGUGCUGGCUUAAGCAUAUUUACGUGCUGCAACAUUUGAUGUUUCUAGUUAUUUACUCUAAAGAACCGUAACAAUGAUCAAGGAUACAUAUGUAUGUAAACUGUACCAGAUAUUAGCCAAUUAUAUGUUGGGUAUUAAACAAACAUUAUAUAUAUAAAUAAGGAUUCUUAACAAAGAGACAUGUUUAUCAAGAGACAAGUGUGGUAUUCAUAAACCAUCUUAAGUCAAAUCUUAUCAAUAAGUCGAUUUCCUCAGUUUUUUGUAGUCACAUUGAUAGAAAUGUGCCAGUGUCUUGAAAGAUGAAAGUGUGGUUAUUACACUAAAUUUAUACACAUUAAGUAUUUUAGACAGUAUAAAGCUACUACCUAUAUCAUAUGACAAGUGAGAUUUUUAACUUAAGAAAAUCACCUAAGUUAGGAAAUGACUUAGGAUGUUUUAUGAAACCAGGCACAGUUCUUUUCAGUUAUUGAAAUAUACUUUUUGCAAAUGAACAUAUAUCUGUUCUCCUUAUUUACAGAAGGAAAAGUUAUUUAUUCUUCAAGAUUGCUUAUGAUACAUGUAUAUAUGCAUGCAAUCUAUGCUUAUCAAUGCCUUUCAUUUUGUAUAAUUAUAUAGAUAAAAUAUUUUAUUAAGA